AUGAUUCAACCAGAGGAGAGGUAUGGCUACCGGAACACCUACCCCAAGGUGCCUAUCCUCCUUGCCUCAAAGAUGCCAAAUUUGGAACGCUUCAAGCUGUUUAUGAACGACGACGAAAAGAGAUUCGACGAAAUACGAAUCAGCAAUCGAAAUGAAGCAGCACAGGCUAUUCGGGAGCUGUCGUUGCCGUCACUGAGGAAAGCCGAAUUCGAGUUCUUUCAGAGACGAUAUCGGAACGAGAGGGCAAUGCCGCCAGCGUUACAUGAGCCCGGAGUCCCAGACCCGUUGAGCUCUGCUAUCUGCGCAUUCUCACAAAAUCUCGUAGAUCUGAGUGUUACCGGCUCCUUUGACGACUCCCUCCUCCGACCUAUGCAGGGCCUGAGCAAGACAUCAUGGCCCAACCUCAGAUUUCUCGACAUCAACAUGCACGCCACUUCCCCUUCAGGAACUUGGUACUUUAAAAAAGCAGACAGCAGCCCUGACCACCGGCCCUAUACUCACAGCUCCAGCACAAAUAAUGACCACUCGGAUCUGCACAACGAAGAGUUCAGCUUCGUGGAGGAGGCCGCCUACGCGCGCAUGACCCCUGUAGAAGUCUUCCGCUGCAAGCCUGACGACGAUCAUAUCGCGCCUUUCAUCGAUGCCUACGCCAACGCGUUGAAGGUGAUGCCUACGCUCACCUCCGCGGCGCUGAACUUUCAGCUCGAGUACGAGGCCGAGGAGGAUGAACCCAUCUGGAUGUGCAUUGCGUAUUUUGCGCCCUGUCGCACGGCGCCAAAGCACCCGCCAAGGUUCCUGUGCCCGAAAUGCAAUAGAGGCGUGACACGACAGCUGGUGAAGUUAUACCUAGACUGGGAGCCGACCGAGGAGCUGGCGGCUAACCUGCGCGCGAUCGGAGACGAGGUUCAUGACGCACCGAUGGUGGAAAAAACCAUGGCCCAGUUUAUGGAUCAGCAUGAGUGGGUUAAUAACGAGGAGUCUUGA